AUGUCUCGCCAGGCCAAGUCAUGCACCCGCUGCCGGCAGCAAAAAGUCCGCUGUGACCGUGUCUCGCCCCGUUGUUCACGAUGCGCCUCCUCCAAGGCGAGCUGCUCAUUCUCGCAGCAACCAUGCGCCUCCGUCUCUCCUCCGCCAUCGACGCCCUCGGCCAGCACCGAAUCGCAAGACCUGUUCCUCUCCCUCCCAUCUAGUCCGUCGCUCGUGCCGGAGGAGCCUCACGGACGCCGGGUUGAGCCAGAGCCCGCACAUCCAAGUCCCGGCGGCGGACGCGGCAUCCCGGCCAAGCGCAAGAAACGCCGCCGGGCUUGUCUGUCCUGCGUCCGCUGCCACCGUCUCAAGAUCAAAUGCGACAAAAAGGAACCCUGCACACGCUGUCGUCUCUCCGGCUGGGGUCGACAAUGCGAGUACACGCACAGGGUAGAGCCGAGCGGUGAGGCUGCGUUGCCCUACGUCCUGACCGAGGAGGAUCCUCAACUCGGGUGUGUCGCCCAACUCGAGUCUCUGCCUGUCCUCGCAACCGAAGACGCCAUUCUUCGCAACCUCAGCGCUACAGGUGGCGUCAUGCUGCCCGACAACUUUCCCUUCAACAGUCCCCGCGCCUCCCCGUUCGCCUGUAUCCAAAAGGUGCGGACUCUGAUCGGCUCGCACCGCGGGGACUGCGACGCCUUCGUCGAGGGAUACCUGGACCUGUACCAGAUGGUGCACCCCAUCAUCGACACGGACGAGUUCCGGGCCCGCGUCUCUGCGUACUGGGACGACCCUCGGUGCCCAGAUGCCGCCUGGCUCAGCCAGUUCCUCAUGGUCCUCGCCCUGGGCCAGCUGGUCGUCACGGGAAAGACGGCGCCGACCGUGGAGCUGUGCAUGGCGGCAGAGGCGUGCCUUGCCAAGACGCCGUUUAUGCUGAGGCCCAACAUAUCCAUCAUGCGGACCAUGUGCCUCAUGGUGCUGGCCAAGCUGACGACAAACGCGACGUGCUGGUCGUUUGACGCCUGCUGGAAUCUGCUGGGGUUUGUGGUCCGGCAGGCGAUAUGCCUGGGCUUUCACCGACGACAUCCCCCAACGUACCCGUCGCCGCCGGUCGAGUACGCGGACUGGGAGGCGGGCAGGGUCAUCUGGACCACGCUGCUGUAUUUCAACAUCCAGGUCGCCAUGAUCUCGGGCAUGCCAUCGUGCCUAUCCACCGAUGUCAUUGCCUCGCACGACCUGGCGUCGGACCUUGGGCCUCUGGACACGGCGGCGCUGGCAUGGCACAGCGUCAUACACACGUCCGGCCCGACCAUCAUCAAGAUCAUCUCGCGCGUCAACGCAGACACGAACCUGCCCUCGUACGCGGAAAUCCUCGAGUACAGCAGCCAGGUCCGGCAAUGCAUGAGCAUACUCGAUCGCGUCCAGGGGCCUCGCACGCUGCGCAUGACGCUCGACAUGUUCUUCCGCCGCGUUCUGCUCGUGCUCCAUCGCCGCCACGCGCUCGACGUCGACGCGCCCAGCAAGUAUCCCGUGUCGUACUGGGCCUCGCUCGAGUGCAGCCUUGCGCUGCUUGUCCAUCAGCGCGACCUCUACGACCAGGACAAGGCGCCCCGGGGUGCGGAUUUGCUGGUCCGCCUCUACAUGCUGGACGUGUUUGCGGCGGGCAUGACGGCGACGAUUCACUUGCUGAGGAAAGACGCGCCCCUGGCGUCGGGCUUCGCCAUCCCGCCCAGGCAAACCAUCCUCGAGACGUUGCAGGCGUGUACGGAGCUGUGGGCAAACGAGACGAUUCAGAGUCCCUGCUUCAAGAUGGGCCAUGCCUUGCUGGACAGGGUUGUGGGGGCGUUGCUCGAGGGAACUGUCUCUCUUCCGUGA